AUGUCAAUCAAAGAGCGUCUUGCAACACAACAAAUGAAAAUUAUUUUCCAGGGGUCAGCAGGACUUCAAGCACUCAAGACAGUACCAAACAAAAAGGCACUCAAAGAAACAGCCACAGAGUCCGUUUAUACCACUGAUAUUAUUGUUAAUGGCAUUCAAGAGGAUAUCAUAGUGGCAGGGAGUAAGGAAGACCUACCACCACCUCAAGAGUAUUAUCCACCAAAUGAAUAUAUGAAAUCUGAUUAUAACAUCUACGUUGUGCUUAUUGAUAGUAUCACAAAUGAACUUGGCAGAGACGACAUUUACCAUCUCACAAACUACAUCCGUAGUUUCAUACCCGCAAUUGAAGAAACAGACGAUUAUUACUUUGGAGAAUUUGAAUUUUUGCAUUUUUUGGUGCAGAAUUUGGUUGCAAUAGUCUUUUAUAACACCAACAAAUCCAACACCCAUUACAAUCCAAAAAUCGAAGAGAUGUUCCAUGGAAGGUGUCUCCACUUUGCAAUCGGUGACAUAGACAAAGAAAGCAUCAGUCGAAUAAUUCAAAAGACGAUCACUGCCAAACGAAGUGGCUUUGCAGGAAGAUAUUUUGGAGGAAAACCAGUCAUUUUGCUGUACGACGAAAAUGGCACAAAAGGCGAGUUGGACGUCUCACUCAAAUUUGAAGGAAUGGAAGUCACCGAAGUCUAUCCAAAGACAGAAAUAACAGAAAACACACUGAAUUGGACGGGAAGAUAUUUGGGAAGAGGGACAGAACCCUGUGUUUUAACAAUUAAAGACAAUGAUUUUGAAUACCUUUUCUGGGAAAGUCUCUUUGAUGUCAAAUUAGAAGGUUUUGAUGUCAAAGUAAAUGAUCUGAGUGAUGUCGACAAAUUGAUGGAAAAGCUUGGACUGAACGUAAAAGAAAGAAACGACUUUGUUGUGUAUUGGAUGAAGGAGAUGAAAAAGUUCCAAAAGAUGUUUGUCAGAAUAGUUGACAGAAAACAAUACGAAAAGUUGGUUCCACUGAACGUGAAAGGUUUCGACAACGUGAUGAGAAUAUUUGUUGGGUUUGGUGAGUGCCAAGAAGGAAACGAAUAUUUAAGUGUACAAGAAGUCGAAAGUGUUAAAAGACCACAAGGAAAGUAUGUUAUUGAAUGGGGUGCAACUCCCAUUCAAUGA